AUGGGUUGGCGGCGAUCUAGCAAGCGGCCUGCUGUGCUUAGCACAGCGGUCGAAGGCCAGAUAGGACAUGUCUCAGUUGCUGGCGGCAAGUAUAUCGGUGAGACAGGAGGCAAUAAUGCAGCCACAACGUACCAAGACGCAUCUGGCGCUCCAGUUGAGAGCGACUCGCCGUUGGGAUACUCUGUCGGCCCCGUCACAAUCACCUUGCUGAAUAUCACAAUGAUGAUUGGCGCCGGUAUCUACUCUACACCAUCAUCUAUCCUAUCUGGCACGGGCUCGGUUGGCGCCAGUCUUAUGUUUUGGACCCUGGGCUACUUGAUAUGUCUCACGUCUGGAGCUGUAUACCUUGAGUAUACGGCGUACUUCCCCAGUCGAUCGGGCUCAGAAGUCGUUUUCCUCGAACAAGCUUAUCCUAGUCCCAAAUGGCUCUUUCCAACUACCUUUGCGGUCCAGAGCGUCAUUCUUUCGUUUGGAAGUGCCAAUGCUACAGUCAUGGCCAAGUAUCUUAUCGCCAUCUCCGGGCACGAGGGCACCAAUUGGCAAAUAAAAGGCACUGCUAUAGCCUGUUACAGUCUUGCUACCUUGACGUUGGUGUUCAACACAAAAUACGCAUAUUGGUUCUCAAAUGCUGUUGGGAUUGUGAAAAUUUGCACUCUUCUCUUCGUUAUAGUCACUGGCUUCGUUGUUUUAGGGGGCAACACUAAGGUUGAGAACCCUAGGGCCAAUUUUCAAGACGCAUGGUCCGGUAGCUCUACAGCUUCUGCAUACGGGUUUACUACUGCGUUAUACCGUAUUAUUUUCUCCUAUGGAGGUUAUAAUAACGCGUUCAAUGUUGCAAACGAGGUCAAGAAUCCCGUCAGAUCACUCAAAAUAUACGCUACUACUGCUCUUACGACGGUUUAUGCGUUAUAUAUGUUCGCCAACAUCGCAUUCUUUGCUGCCGUUCCCAAGAGCGAGCUAGCGGCCUCUGAUCUAACGACUGCAAGUCUAUUUUUUGAGAAGGUCUUUGGAAACAGCGGUGCCGUCCGCGGCCUCAACUUCCUCAUUGCCUUGGCUUCUUUCGGUAACAUGAUAGCGGUGAUAAUUGGCUUAUCUCGGCGGAUCAGAGAAUGCGGUCGACAGGGAGUUCUACCUUGGACAACGUUCUGGGUCUCGACUAAGCCGUUCGGCACAACCCUAGGCCCGUACGCCGUUAUUUGGUUUCUGACCACGCUGAUGAUCCUAGCCGUCCCUGCUGGAGACGCUUUCACUUUCGUCAACGAUUUAACCACUAUUCCUUCUGCUGUCUUUAAUCUUGCAAUGGCCAUUGGUAUCUACGUUGUUCGCUGGCGCCGAAGCAAAGUCAACCUCCCUGAACCCGAGUUCAAGGCCUGGAAUUUCGUGAUUAUCUUUAACAUACUCGUCCAGCUCUACCUCCUUAUUAUGCCAUGGUACCCACCCGCAGGUGGUCAGUACGCUGGUGAUGUCAGCUUCUGGUAUGCAACGUAUGCGGUGACAGGAAUUGGAAUUCUUCUUGGCUGCGGCACCUAUUACUAUUUUUGGGCCUUUGCGAUUCCCAAAUGGAGAGGCUACAAAUUACGACAAGAACUUGUCAAUCUAGGCGACGGGGUCCAGAGCAAUCGCCUCAAAAAGGUUGCUAAUGCCGAUGUCGCAGAAUGGGAUGCGACGCAUGAUGCGGCUGGCCGGCCCAUCGAGUCACCGGUUGAGAUUCAGGUUCGGGUGAAGGAUAUUGAUGCGACGAUCUAG